UAAAUAGUUUGCAUUAUAAAAAGCUAAGUCAAGCUACACUUUAAAGUUUGAGACUAGGCUGAAAACAUAGGCUACUUGUCAAGUAAAUUCGGAAUGAAACGUACGAAUGUUGCAAAAGACAUGUAAUGUAAGACAAAUAUAUAGGAUUAAUGGAAGCGAAAUCCAUUUUGGAGGAUUAAUAAAUUAAUCCUCCGUAACUUUGGGGCCAUAUGUGUUAGAACAACGGUCUUGUAUGAUUCAAGCCCAAAUUUAAAUCCUCCCAACGAUCCAAAUUGUGUAUAUACAAGUAUACAAAUAAUUAGUAUAUAUAUUGAAGUAAAACGCGGUUCGAACCGGGGCCAGGAGAAGGGUUAGUCUAGUAGUUAAUGUCGAGAGAAACGCGAGGAAGAGACGGUAUACAAAUUAUCCUUCACCGGUAAAUACUUCCCCAAUAGAUCAUUAAUAGAGGGGACUCUAUUCCCUAAUAGAGGCGAGCGGUAGCCUAUGCUGCAGCAUACUUGGUCUCUAUAUAGAUAGCUAUUGUAAAAAUAAAUGUAUAUAAAUUUAUAAUAUGAAUAUAAAUGUAUAAAUAAAUACUCGGACAGUAGUUUCAGGAGAUGUAAGUUCUCCUGUAACUGUGAAUAAGUCUUAAAGAAAUAGCGUGAAUCACUUUCCGUGGCCAUUUUGUUUUGUAGAUAUAUUUUGAAAUGUUUACAUAUUGCCAGUGGCUACGGCUAAUUAUUCUUUUACUUGUAUAGCAGAUUAGUGUGUCUGUGUAUAUUAUUCACACCAUAAUUAUAAGAAAUAUUUGACGAACAAAUACUUUUCAAAGAUUUUGUAUGAGUUGUAGGCCUACAAACAUGAACUGAGUUUGAUAGGUUGUUAAAGUGAACGCCAUACAGGCAUCCCCGGACAAGUCGUAUAAACAAUGGUCAGUAGACCCACCACAACAACUCGCUAGUAGAACUUUGCUGAUAACCCACGAGUGAGCACCGCUUGAGCGCUAUGGUUGAGCGCCGAGUGGGCCGCAGGGGGGACUCUCCUGGGUCCAGGGAGUCCCUAAUGUCUGGGGGCUCAGGGACCUCUGAGGGCUCCAGCCUCAACGGCAGCAGAGGCUUCACAGGACAUUCGACUCUGCCUUCCCCCAGUGAAGGGCUUGGGUCGACGGUGAGCUCGCUGGAUCAGACCAUGACUCGCUCGCUGGGGUCCCGCGGCUCCCUCUGUGACGAAGCCGCCGACGACUGUGACAACAUCAACGUCGUCGUCAGAUGUCGUCCCCUGAACGAGAAGGAGAAGCUUCGAGGAGAUGAGAGCAACGUUACCUUUCCUGGCGAAGGGCAAGCAUGGGUGAACAUGGACGGCGUGAACGGACAAGCGACGCAGAAGCCGAAGGUCUUCUCUUACAACGUGGUGUUCGAGCCAGAGGCCACGCAGGAGGACGUCCUCGAGCACUCCGGAGUCAAGCGGGUCCUGGACAUGGCCAUCGACGGCUUCUCCUGCACCGUCUUCUGCUACGGCCAGACGGGGUCGGGCAAGACCCACACCCUCACUGGACCUCCACAUCUGUACUACAUGCCCACCACAUCCAGAACCAGAGCCUCCAAAACGUCUCGGAAGCCAAAUUUCUUCUCGUUCGACAAAGGGCCCGACAUGUUCUCAGAGAGCCACGGCCUCAUCUUCAGAUCGUUCGUGUACCUCUUCAACCAGCUGCAGAGUCGUGACGAUCAGGAGUUCACCCUCACUGCCUCCUACCUCGAGAUCUACAACGAGAAGGUGAUCGACCUCCUCAACAUGGGCACCAACAACAAGCCGCUGCAGGUGCGUUGGAGCAAGAAGAAACGCGGCUUCUUCGUCGAGAACCUCUUCGAGAUCGAGUGCGCUGAGCUGGAUGACCUGCUGGCGGUCCUCGAGGAAGGUCUGAGGAACCGGGCAGUGGCGUCUCACAAUAUGAACGAGUACUCCUCCCGCAGUCAUACAAUUCUCUCCGUCAACAUCACCUCGGAACAGAAGGCCGACGAUGGGGUAUACGUCACCAGGAACGGCAAAAUUAACUUCGUGGAUUUGGCCGGCUCUGAGAUGACCAAGAAGACCAACUCUGAGGGCAAGACACUCGAGGAGGCGAACAACAUCAACAAGUCCCUCAUGGUACUGGGAACCUGCAUAGCAGCACUUUCGGACUCCCGCAAGCGUGACAGUCAUAUUCCUUACCGAGACUCUAAACUGACGAAGCUGCUCGCUGAUAGCCUAGCAGGCAAUGGUGUCACACUCAUGAUAGCGUGUGUGUCUCCAGCCAAGUCCAACAUUAGCGAAACGCUUAAUACACUUCGUUAUGCCUCCAGAGCCAAGCGUAUACGGACCAAGCCCAUCAUAGUCAUGGACCCCAAGGAGAAGGUGAUCAUGAGUUUGCAGAGGGAAGUGAGUCUGCUGCGGGAGGAGAACGCCCACCUUAAGAUGCUCAUCGACCUUGGCGAGAAUGGUCUUCCCCGGGAGGGUGACCAUGCUGGAGUGAGAGGCGGAGGAGGAGCCUUACCUUCCCUGUCCACCACUGGUGCCAACAUUCCCGGACCCGUCUCUGAUGCAGUGACACAACCAAUGUCUCGACAAGGGUCCUUCAGAAUAGAUAACGAGAAGCUAGAGAACCUGGACAAUAGAGAACUGAUCAGACUUGUCCAGCACUACAUGGCCGAGCACGAGAACGUCAGAAUGGAAAACAAGGAGCUGCAGGAAAUAGCAACAUCGCUGGUGAGGGAUCAAGAACUUGUGUGUAAGGAGAAUGAACGACUUCUUCGGCAGUUGGAGGUCGUUAACAGUGGCCCGAGUUCUGAGCCUAAUGAGGACAGGGAAGACUUGUUUACGGCAGACAGUGGAGGGGGGCAGCCACCCCCUGGUGAGGAGGACCUGGCGGGGACUACGCAGCCCUUCAGCCGGGGCAGUACAAAGUCCUCCAAGACAGCUUCCUUCAGAUCUCGUUCCUUACCCUCGUCGUCUUCGUCAGACGUGUGGAUCAAUCCUCUGAACGACACCAGUGCUAAGGAGAGCGGUUCAGCGCCAAGCAGCAGAGGGCGGGAGAGUACGUCGCAGUCUUCACAGCGUUCAAACCGUCUCCCGGACUCUAUUAACAAGGAGCUCGAGAAGAGGAGAAUCGGCAAAAGCAUGACUGACUUAUCGGCGUCUGGAGGAGGUGGUGGUGGGAACAGCGGAGGGAAGCAGGCCAUCUCAGACGGGAAGACUGACACCGGUGUCAUACUUACAAGAAGAGCGCCAAUGAAGAGCAAGAACCUGUCACCAGCGGGAGUUGUCGCUGGAAAAAGUGGUGGUCGAGGUAAUACUCGCUCAAAGUCGGUGCCACGGCUGAAGGGGGGAAGACGGGGCGAUAUUCCCCGUGGUCCUGCUGCCAGGGGUACAGAUCGCACACCGCCAGCAGAUCCCUCCUACCCCGGCUCCUCGCUCCCCUCCGAAGCUAGCACAGCAUCGCUCAACAGUGCUGGUAACCAACCGCCCAUGUCUGCCUAACAUACUGUACUAGAAACAUUCAUCAAAGAAACAAAGCAAAAACCAUUCUGCCAAUUAAUUCUGUCUUGCACUCUUUUCGACAUAAGGGUAAUGUAAAAUAAUUUUAAAAUGCAUAUGUAGAAUGAUUUAUGAAACAUAGCUAAAUGAAAUGAUCUAAGUUAUUUAAAGGCUUUUAAUUGGCUAUCCAGCAGUUCUUUUAAAUCAAAUGUCAUUGGUUAAAAUUCUCAGCAAAUCAAAUUUCUUGUGUAUUAGUAAAUCUUUGCUGCAAUAUGUUCAUCUUGUUGGUUAUAUAAGUUAUUUUGAGUAAUUUUGGAUUUGCAUUGCCAAACUGGCUUUGCUCUACAUUUAAUUGCAAUUUAAGUUUAAUUUUGAAACAGUGGCACUAAAGCUUUGUAUGAUUAUCUUCUGAUUAUACAGUUUUGGAUUUUUCUCAAUAGUAUGACUAUUUUCAUCCUUAUGGAGUAAACUCUCAAGGCCUCAUUAUUUUACAUAAAUUAGACUUUUUUGUUCUCAUGUUUCCUGUAAACUUGUGUUUAACUUCCUUAGUUUGUUUAGCAUCUUUCUUUUUGUUUAAUAAUACAGUAUUUUAAUUUACCUGCUUCCUUUUUAUAUCAAAUUUGCUCUAAAUUAUUUGUUUGUAAAUUAAAAUUUGAGUUUAAAC